GUCCGACCCAGCACAUCCACUCUGCGGAGCAGCCCGGGCGCAGCAAGCGGCAGCCGCCUUGCCAGCCCACGACGACCGGUGCCGGUUCUGCUGCUGCCGCCACUUCUCCAUCGCCGAGAGCUCGGAAACUCCCCAAGGCUGGAGUGGAGACGCUUCCCCUCCCUCCGUCUUUUUCGCCUCAGUCCUGUAGCGAAACAGUGCAGCCCAUCGGGGGUUCCUGGUGCGAGGCCCCUGCCUCUGGACACAGGCUAAGAAGAGCCGGGAGGCUGAGAAGAGAGGCAGGGCGGGGAGUCGGCAUUCCCACCCCAUGGAGGCCGGGCUGUUCCUAGCAGCGCUGCUGCUCUCUUGCACACCGAUACGCACAAGUCCCACGAGCGGCGAUGUUUGCACCCUUCAGCAGACCACGAAGGACAAGGUGUCUUACAUGACAGGCAAGACUGCGCGCGGCUGUGUGAGCCGCAGCACCGUGGGGGAACUCCAGGAGGUCCACGUUCUCCAAGUGAAAGUAAAGACCGAGAUGUGGCCGUUCCAGUUGAACGUGUCCUCAGCGGGGAGGACCACCCCACCUGAGCGAAAGGUGCUGUUUGUGAUCAUCUGUGACAAGUACUGUAUGGUGACGGUUCAUCCGGCAGAGCUCCACCUGACCUUUGUCUCGAAUAACCAGGUCUACAGAGUCACGGGCAGCGGGGUCUCCACCUUUGAGCAGAUCAGUGGUGAGCAGCUUGUACAAUGGAUGAAAGACCACUAUGAUAACAUCACUUCCUUCACCGAGCUGGAAAAUCCCCACCACAUCCACUUCCGAGUGGGCGAAGAUGCCAGCAGCCCAGAGAACUGCAUCGUGCAGCCUGGCUUCAAUGCCCGGCGGUACCUACAGGCCGAGUUCUUAGUCCCAGAGGUUAAAGGCUGCACCCGCCCCAGUGCGAAGAAGGGGAAGGAGGCUCACAUCUUGCGCGUGCAGCAAGGCCCAGCGGAGACCAGCUCUCAGCCUGUGGAGGUGAAGGUGACCGUGGUCUGCCCUGAAGCAAAGCCGCUGCAGGAUCUGGAAAUACUGCUGAUCCUCCAAAGCCAAGCCAACGUGACCUGGAACAUUGAUACGCAACGCACCGUGAGCAUCAUGGCGUCUGGGAAAUACCGGAUCACCACAUUCUUCUCUGAGCUAUUGGAUGAGAGAGUCCUCCCUGACAGCGAGCAGGGCCUGAUCGGCUUGGCCCACCAGACAGGAUUUGAUGACAUAGCUUCAUAUACGGACAUCCCGUCUGCUACCCACGUGACCCUUGAGCUGCACAGAUGUGAACCAGAAGUGAAGACUCCACCACCAACAGCUGCACAACACCUCAAGACCGUCAACAUUGUUCAAACAGUUUUCAAUCUGCUCCCACCGUGGAAGUGCACAGACGACUCCAUUGAGAUAGUCGUGCCGAAGAUGAACUUAAAGGAUUUAAAUGACUACAUCACGGAUAUCACAUUGCAAGACCCCCGUUGCAGAGCCGAACAAAACCAAACUCACUUUGUGCUGAAAAGGUAUUUGGGGGACUGCCACACCAAACUGGAGAGUGGAAUUCUAGCCAGGAAUAAGCUGAUCCUGACACUGGCUUCAUCGCUGGAGAAAGUUGAGGUGCCGUUCGAGUGCAGCCUGCCACUGGAGCUCCGUUUGCAGCUUUACCGGACUCAGGACUUCAAGUGGCCUUCUACCACGCUGCUGGAAGUCAACAAAGCUACUUACAUCCAGGUCUCGUUUCGGGCUGACAUUCCCCAGACAUUCCUGGAGGUGAAGGAGUGUUCUCUGCAGAUUGCUGCUGAGGAGCCUCAGCAGCUCCUGAUCCAGCCUGUUGUGCCACUCGGCCAAGCAGAGACCAUCCUCGAGCGGACAGAAGCCACUCUGGGCCGGGAGCUCCAUCACUUCAGCUUCAUCUACAGCCCGGCUGGGGGAGGACCCUUUCCUCCUUGUGCCACCCUGUCGUGCCGAGUGGCCUGGCAUUCCAACGGCAGCACCAGCGUGGAAACAUUAGAGGUGACGCUGCAGGACACCAGACCUCCACCUUCCAGCCUAGGGAUAGAAGCAGUUGUGGGGAUCACCUUCGCAGCGUUCUUAAUCGGCACGCUCCUCACCGCGGCGCUCUGGUGCAUUUACUCCCAUACCCGCCCCAUGGCCAAGCUGCAGCCCGUCUCCACCAACGCCCCGGCCUCCGAGAGCAGCAGCCCCAAUCACAGCAUCGGCAGCACCCAGAGCACCCCCUGCUCCACCAGCAGCAUGGCCUAGGCAGCAGGCCACCCGGAACCCCCACCCCUCGGGGAGAGAGGGGCUGCCCGGGAGCUCCCGCUCAUGGACCUCAGCGGAGCCGCAGGCAGCUGAGCUCCCCGCCCCAGGGACAGCUGGGGGGGAAAAGACAGUGGGGCCCGUCCCUCGUCGGCUGCUCCGCUGGACAGGCACAGCUGAGAGGAGCAGCCACACCAGCACUUUUCUGGGAGCAAUACGCCCACCCGCUCGCCACGGACCCAGCCAACCCAAGGAAGGUACCAGCAGCAUGGUACCAGGCCAGGCCACAGGCCGGGAGCGGGAGCACGAGGACCAGCAGACACCACGUAGGGAGAGCGGGUGGCCCAGGGAGACUCACUUCUAGGCCAGUCGUUCUCUGCCCAAAAUCCCUCUAACUCUCCCCUGCAGCUGUUCAGUGGCCACCUGAGAGGGGCUGGGGGCAUCUGUCCAUUUCCUAAUGCAGAGAUGCCCCCGCCCCACCCAGAUCCUCCCCAUCCUGCCCCCUUUGCAGGCUGCCCCAGGAGAGGGACCAAAGCCUGACUGGGGUGUAAGGCCUGAACUCCCCUCACUGGGGUCCCCCUAGUCGAGGAGUGGGCUCGGCUUGUGCUGCCGCUGCCCAAUUCCCCGGCUAGAGGUGAAAGGCCCCUGCUCACUGCCAAUCCCUCCUGGCCCCAGCUGCAGAAUCACUGUCUGCGAGAGCCGUGGGAUACAGUCCAUGAAUGUGUCCACGCAAACGCGCUGUCGCUCACGGCAGAGCUUAAGUCAGCAUGAGCCCAGCCCUUUCCCCGGCUCAGCCGCAGCCAGUGAGCUCCCGAGCCAGCUGCUUAUACCCAAUCCAACAUGCACACUCCCCCCAAUCCGCCUGUCAAGGCGCUGCCGGUCUCCCACCUUGUCGCAGGUGGGGCAGCUGAAAUCAGCAAGUCCCCUAGUGGCACCUGGGUGCUCGGCCAGCAGCUGCGCGACCGCAGUCAGCCAGGCAAGGGGGGGUCAGGCUCCCAGGCAGGGCUAGUGGGAGGGGCCAGACGGGGUUUUCCUGCUGGAGGGAUUCGUUCCACCCCAGCCCGGUUCCUUGUCAGGGCCCCACUCCCACGGAUCUGGGCAGGCAGUGGGGAAUGAUUCCGCUCCCCUGUCGCCCCCCCGCAGGAGCAAAGCCAUGCCACUGGGCCGCUGGAAAGGCAUGGGCACCCGGAGAGCAAAUAGGAAGCUGGGAGUCAGCUCCCCUGACUGUGGCGGGCAGGGAGAGCCCCCUUCCCACGGUCACCCGGCUGGGCGGUGGCACAGAGCCCAGGGCCAGGCCGUCAUGGCCCCAUGGGGCUGUAGCACACCCAGGGUCCCUUUCUGUAUAUACCCCGCUAGCCCUGCACGGUUACCCAGCGGCGGUGCUGAGGGGCGGCAGUUGCUAACGGAAGGCGGUCAGCUCUGCACCUUUUCUUUUUGUACCAACCCAAAUCAUGCAGGCUGGGGGGCGGAGGCGGCGUAGGAGCCGAGCUGCCUUCGGCCUGGCCGAGCGGGUAUUUAUGUGUGUGCCAGACCCAGCCCGAGGGCAAGGGGGGCGAGGCUGGGCCCUGCCCUGCCUCCCCCGCCCCGGGGUUGGGUCCAGGCACCGGCAGGCCACCACGCCGCCUGGCCUUGGUCUGUAAAUAUGUGCAGUGACCCCGUGUAACCACGAUCAUGUAUAAAUAAAAUGUGUCUUGGGUUGACCGGAGCCUGCGGA